AUGGAAGAAAAACCAGCCACCGUUGCUUCCAAGUCCUACAUUUAUAGGAAGUCAAAAGAACUAACGUUUACUUCAAUACUCAAUAGAAGAAGCUUCAAAUCUUUGCAGGAACAAGUUCUGCAAAGCAUUAAUUCAAAUGUUCCACUUAUCCUUGGGCGGAAAUUAUCCAAAGUCAAGCCUCAUUUACCUGCUCUGGAAACGUUUGUCACAAGUGUCAAGUCAAGAAUUGCUGAUGUAACAUUCACACUUGAAAAAUAUAUGGAUAAACGUGGCUACCGGUUUUUCACUCUAUUACCGAUCUAUUCAUUUGAAACAAAGUCGGUCCAAAUAGAUGCUAUAGCUUUUUGGCGACUAGUGAAGGAAUCUAAUAUUGAAAAUUACUCAAAAAGUACUAAAACCGAUUCGGAUCUAUUAGGUUUCUACAACAAACUUUUUGACUAUUCUAAUCUGGGAUUUCGCCCUCGAGAGAGUCUUUCACAAGGAAGAAAGCAGUUCAAAAAUGUCGUGCUUACUGAUGGGUAUUCUAUUUCUUUUCUUUUUUCUCAAGUGAUAUUAAAAACGGCUGUACUGUUUGGUGUCAAUACAAUCUUCAUCGCCGUAGAUACAUCUGGGAGGCAAAGGACAAGCAGCUUAGGUAAAUAUUACUAUUUAUGUGGUUAUAAUGAUGCAACGUUUAUACGAAAUCAGCAUCAGAAGCAACACAUGGCUGAAUAUUCGAAAAUAUCAAACCUGAGCUCAUUGAAGACAUCAAAUAUCAAAGAUUUUAUUAAAGCAUGCAAAAAAAGACUCACGUUAUAUGACGAUAUUAAAAAGUAUUAUAACAAGAAUAAUUGGAAGUUCAAACUGAAAUUCCAAUAUUACAUGAAGAAACAAAAAGGUGUGCAUGAGAUUUGCAAGAGGUUCGUCUAUAACAGCAGCAAAUAUCAUCAGAAGUCAUCUACUGGUGUAAAGCCGGUUAUUAAUAAUGUAAGCAGAUUCUAUCCACCUACCCCGACCGACCAUAAAGAAAGGCCAGUAAAAACGAUCAUUGCUUUGGGAGAUGGUGUGGUUUAA